GCAUCCCACUUUCAGAAAAUGUGUGACGAAAGUGAAAGGACAUGUUAUGUAACAAAUCUUCAUGAACAAGUUACUCAAUCCAUACUGGAAGAAAUGUUUAUCCAGAUGGGACCCGUUGAGAAAGUUAUAUUGAACUUCAAAAGAGGAUAUCGGUACUCUCUUGUGAUCUUUAAAGACCCUGAAUCAGUUAUUUUUGCCUCUCAGUGCCUCGAUAAAAUCCCCUUGUACGGAAUGGAAAUAUCUGUACGACCAAAAGGUCAUAGUGAGCAGGAGAAGAAGUACAAGGACUUAUUAGCAAAGGCAGCGCGUGAGAAGCAAAAUUCCCUUACUUGUCCGGCAGCGACACAUUCCAGCAACUCCGAUCGUCGAGAAAAAAGAAGCAAAAACGUAAAGGAAGUGUACAGCAUUACCCCCUGCAGUAGUCGCCAAUACCCCAGAUACGAAACUGGUGUGGGAUUUCGCUUGAAGCUAAUGCUUUCUCAACCACUUUGUGAGUCCCAGUUCUUGAAAAAAAAAAUUACAGGGUACCAGGGCCCCAGACAUGGCAGGUCAUCCGUUAACUACCGACCAGUUCACCGUAACAGUCGCGAGGAAUUCUUCCGACAAACAUUCUUUAGGUGA